AUGACAAAAACAUCCCACUUGAUUAUAUUACCGUGUCAUUCAAUAUGGAAAUCAGGUCCCAAUUUAGGAGAAACACGAGAUGAAUGGCAUUUGGUUGAUUUUCAAAUUGAAGGAUAUGAUCAUCUUGCAUUCAAACAACAAAUUGUAACUAGUCUUCAAGAAUUGCAACAAGAUCCUGAAUCCUAUUUGAUAAUAUCAGGGGGUGAAACAAAAUUAGAUGCUGGACCGGUGUCGGAAUCAUUGUCUUAUUAUUUGUUAGCUUGUAAAUUAUGUCAAGAUGAUCUGUCGAUCUUAUCAAGAAUAUCAACUGAGGUGUUUGCACGAGACUCCUUUGAAAAUGUUAUUUUCCUGAUAUGUCGAUAUUACGAAUUAUUUGAAACGUAUCCAGAGAAAAUUACAGUAGUGGGAUUUGAAUUCAAACGAGAAAGGUUUGUUAAACAUCAUUUACAGCAAGCAUUGUUGUUCCCAGAGACUAGAAUCAAUUAUAUUGGAAACUCGCCUGACCCAAGAGAUCUUAAUGAAUUAGAAGUUAAAAAGUAUUUUGACGACUUGAGUGAAAGUGAAUUCAAAUAUGCCGUUAAACAUUUUCAGAAUGAUUGGUAUGGAUUACUGGGAUCUUUGUUGAAGAAAAAGAUUGCUCGAAACCCAUUCAGACGAUACCAUGGUUAUAGUGAAAGUAACCCAAAAUUAUCUGAUUUCCUUCGAGCAAUAAAAGAUGACAUCACCACUUCACGUUCAAAUGAAAGUAUUAGAGAGUUGCUUUUGGAUAUUGCGUGGGUAGAAUAA